GAACUGAUUAAUCAUCUGGAUUCGAUGAGCAGUGCCGAUGCUGUGAUCAGAAUUGGAAUAGCAACAGUGCUGUCAAAUAUAGUAUCAAUUGCUGGAACAAGUAUAGGUCCGCUGCUGCUGUCGAUUUUCAAUUCUUUGCUGAAGCACUUGAGGACAUCUGUUGACUUCGAGCGAUCAGAAAAGUGCAAAGAUUCGGAAGCGGAAAAGAUGUAUCAGGAAGCCCUGAUCAAUGCCAUGGGCGAUUUUGCGAAUGCGCUACCGGAUUACCAAAAAGUAAGGGUUGUCAUUUUCUCAGAGUUGGCCGUGGAAAUGAUGAUGUUCACCGUCGGCAACAUCCCCAAUUUGGACGAAAAGCGCGUGAAACAAGGAGACGAAUUCUUGCAGCACGUGCUGGUUAAAACAUUGUUGAAGGUAGCGACAAAAUAUCGAACUGCUUACCUGGCUACUGUAUUCACCGACUCAUUUCUGCACACACUCAUACAACUAGCUCUUGUCAAGGAUCCUCAAGUACGACUUGGAACUCAGCAAAUAUUUCACACUUUGCUAGACAGACACGACAAUUUGUCACAUUUGGCCCAUCUGCCCUAUGUUCUUGACGUAUCCGAUGUACAACUGACUGUCGAGAAAUGCUCUAGAGCUGAUCAAAUGUUUAUGAGGAAACAUAUCCACGAUAUGACGCAUAUGCUUUAUCGAGCUGUAAUUCUCGUAGUAGAUGAUUCUUAUAUGCAGCAACACAUGGAUGCUAUCCAGUGCACAAUGAGUCUGCUGUGCAUAGAAGUAGGCUUUGAUGAGACCCUUAUCGAACUUUUCCGGCUAGCAUUUGCACUACAACUGUUAGCACUUGACCCGUUGCAUCCAUUUACUGCGGAUAAAAGGAUAGCCCUACAUAAUCUAGUGGCGAAGUACAUGAAUCUGGCAGCUCAACUGAUGGCGAAUCCUUCACUCUGUCAGCAUGUGCAGCAGGUUGUUGCAUGUCGAGCUCAGCGUGGUCCGCCUGGCAUGAACCUUCUCUUGCACGAGGACCAGGUUCAGCUGGUCGGUGAAAAUGUUGAAGAAUCGGAAAGAGUGGAUCUGGGUUCACUUGCAGAAAGUGAUGGCAUGCUGUUCGAUAGAACCGACGUAGCCGAUUGUCUCAAGGCAGCCGGCAAGGACGUGUCACGAUUGCCACUGCCAUUCACCAUCUCAUCAAGUAAGUCUGUCGAUCAGGCGGAAACCGACGAAGCGGAUGGACGAGCGUCACCUCCCCUUCCGAUGGGUUCGUAUUCUUAUGUUUAA